GUCGGGGAGCGGUGGAGAGCCAGACUGUGCUGCUGCUGUGCUGCUGGAGGGCCCCCAGAGCUUACUUUAAAUGAAGAGUCAAGUAAACAACACCUGAAGAGUGGAGAUAAACUCUAAUCUAAUAAGUACAAGGAAGAUUUCGGGAACAUGAUCGAAGAGAACAGGAACAGCAGUGACUCUUCCUCUGCCUUUGCCUACAACACCACCGUGAGUGCCAUUCUUAUUACUGCCUACUCCGUCGCCUUUGCUGGAGGUGGGAUCGGGUCCAUCACAAUGUCGUUUGUGCUGGUCAAGAUGAACACUCUGUCCAUCACCACUACAGCCAUCAUUAACCUCGUCGUUGUGCACAGCCUCCUCCUCUUCACUGUGCCCUUCCGCCUACACUACUACGUCAGCAAGAAGUGGGUAUUCAGGUUGCCAUUUUGCAAACUGGUGAGUGCAAUGGUGCACAUCCACAUGUACCUGACCUUCCUAUUCUAUGUGAUCACACUGGUCAUCCGGUGGCUCAUCUUCUUUCAAUGGAAGAUCAAGGUGGAGUUCUACAGGAAGUUGCACGCCAUUGCAGCAAGCGCUGCUGUGUGGGCCUUCGUUAUGGUCUUUGUGGUGCCAGUCUUGUAUGUUGAGUAUGGAAGCUCAGAAAAUUAUGAUAAUACAACAUGCUUUAUGUUCCACAAAGAACUGAAGCAGGAGAACGUGAAAGCCCUGAACUAUACCAUAAUUGUAAUCGUCGCUUUAAUUACUUGUGUUCUCUUGGGCAUGCAGAUUUUCAUCCUGGUAAAAGUGUUGAGAAAACUUUCCGCCUCCUUCUGGUCACACCAAGAGUUCUGGGCCCAGGUGAAAAACUUGAUUUUCAUCUGCGUCAUCAUAAUUUGCUUCCUUCCCUAUCACCUCUUCAGGGCCUACUACAUCCGGCACGUGAGUGCUUAUGGCCAGUUAGAAAGCUACAAUGAAGUUUUUUUGAGUUUGACUUCCCUCAGCUGCCUGGACCUCCUGUCGUUCGUGCUGAGCGGAAGCCGCCUCUUCAAGCAAAUGGUGGGCACGCUCCGCAGCAGGUUGCCUUGCUGCUAGCCUCAAGGUGGACCUGGGCCUGGCAGAGCAUGGUGCUGGACAAACAUGGCAAAUCCCCUCCUCAGCAAGUCAGGGUGGUCCCUGGAAGCAGCCCAGCCAACUCGCACAGAUGAUUCCUGAAGUAAUGGGGCAAACUUCUUCCAGCAUUGCAGGUGGGAAACUGGAGGGGGACCUCAGGGAUUUCCUCACCACGCCACCU